GGGAGAGAAGGAGACAUGGCCGAGUCCGAGGCCCCGGAUCUGGAGGGGGAUCCGGCGACUCCCGCCUCCCGUUCCCGGGUCUGGUUUGGGGAGUCGGUCCAGCCCGCGGUCGGGGUUGUUGGACACUUGCUGGGGCAACAGCAGUCACUGAAGUUUGAUAAAAACAUUAAGCAGGCCUUUUACAACACAGGCGCCAUGAUCUUCGUGGCCAUCUGUUGCGGUGCGGCGGUGCUGGUCUACUUCAUCCUGGAGGCGUUUCUGCGGCCGCUGCUCUGGGCUGUGCUGUGCGGGACUUUUCUGCACCCCUUUAAACACUCCUUGGCGCGGGUGGGGCGCUCCUGGCUGAGCGGGCUGCGGGCCAGUGGUACUCCUAUCCUGCUGGGCACCCUGCUCGUACCGGUCAGAUGUGUGAACCACGGGGGGGAGACUCUGGGAGCGCUGCUGAUGGAGCGACUCAAGAUGCUGCUGGUGAUCGGGGCUGGUGCGCCACUUCUCUACUUUCUUUACCUGUUCUGGAGUGUCAUUGGCAUGCAGGAUGUUCUCCAGUACCUUUGUACCCUCAUAGGCCAGGCACUCGACUGCUUUAAUACCCUGUGGGUUGGCACAUUAGUGAUGGGGUAUGUGCUGGCUGUGGCCUUUAAAUGGACCUCUGGCAUGGAGGGCUACCUGCGUGCCAUGUCUGUGCCUGUUUGGACAGUCUUCAUAUUUUACCUGGUGUCGCUGACUGGGUCUUGGCGGGUGCCUGUGUUUGUGUUCGUGGUCAUUCUGCUGAUAUUGGGCUCCCAGGAAAAAACACCCGUACCGGGGAACGGGGAACUUCCAGGUCAGGUCAUUUCUUUUGCUGCUAACACUAUCUACAUGGCCAUCACCCGCAGCAACUCCCGUACAGUGUCUGGAACUAAAGAAGAGAGUGAUGUCAAACCAUCAGUUGAAGAUCAAGUGGACACGACAAAGUUUGCUGAACUUCCCUUCUCUCCGCUGUGCCCGCGUCCUGACUUCCACAGCCUGACACACAAAGAGAAGACCAGCGAUAUCUACUUUGUUCUGCUGGUUUGGGCCAUAGUAUUGAUGCAGAUCUGGCUCAACCUCUGGAUCCUGCAGCUGCUGCCCAUCCCUUUUGCUGUGUGGGUAAUUAAAAGGCUGGUGGUGCAUUUCGGGGUGAAGAAUUUUGCUGAACGGACCCUGGCAGCAUGGUGGGUGGUGCUAGAGAAGUUGAUCAAAGAACGACAGGACGCUCUACUGCCUGGACCAAUCAAAGGACUCGUACAAUUUCUACUGCGGGUCGAUACCAAGAUGAUUGUGUGGUUGGAGAAAUCUCUGGAUAAACUCAUCAGUAUUUUUAUCAUCUUCCUCCUGGUCACCGGAACUUUACUCAUGGCUCUUCUGCUCACAGCUAUGGUACAUCAUGAGAGUGCCCAUAUCAUAGAGGUCACCAGCAACCUGAUCAACGAGACUCUUGCCAACCACCCUGAGUGGGCCAACUGGCUUCCGGAGGCUCGUGUUGUUCAGAAGGCUUUAAACUCCGCUGCCACAAAUGUGUACCAGCACGGGAGAGAAUGGAUAACUCUGAAGCUCCACAAGAUGCUUGGUGAGAAGGUGAACAACACAGCAGUGAUAGAGAAGCAAGUUUUGGAGCUGUGGGACCGACUCUACCACUCAUGGUUUGUCAAGAAUGUUACACUUAGUGGACGCCACCGCGGACAGAAGCAUCACCUGCAAAGACAGUCUAGCUGGCUGGGAGACAUACUGGACUGGCAGGACGUUGUUGCCUUUGUACAGGAAAAUAUUGAAACUCUUCUGUCGAUUCUGGAGUCUUUGUGGAUUGUGAUGAGCCGGAACGUUGGGUUGCUGAUCUCCACAACCACCACACUGUUUACUGUACUGUUUUAUAGCGGCACAGCACUGCUUAACUUCGCCCUCUCACUGGUGAUAUUUCUGACUACACUCUUCUACUUGCUGAGCUCCAGUGGUGAAUACUACAAGCCUGUUAAAUGGGUGAUUAGUCUGACACCACUGUCCCAACCUGGACCUUCAUCCAACAUCAUUGGCCAGUCUGUGGAGGAGGCCAUCAGAGGUGUAUUCGAUGCCUCUCUGAAGAUGGCAGGCUUUUAUGGGCUGUACACCUGGCUCACUCACACCAUCUUCGGCAUCAACAUCGUCUUCAUCCCCUCAGCAAUGGCAGCUAUUCUUGGAGCUGUGCCAUUCCUGGGUACCUACUGGGCGGCGCUGCCUGCUGUGCUGGAUCUGUGGCUGGCUCAGGGUGAAGGCGUCAAAGCCCUGCUGCUGUUGCUUUGCCACUUGCUGCCGACCUACUUUGUGGACACAGCCAUCUAUUCGGACAUCUCAGGGGGUGGUCAUCCUUAUCUGACGGGCCUGGCAGUGGCUGGAGGAGCAUACUAUUUGGGCUUAGAGGGGGCAAUCAUAGGUCCCAUCUUACUUUGCAUUCUGGUGGUAGCUUCCAACAUCUACAGUGCCAUGCUGAUGAGCCCGAGCAGCAGUCAACCAACACCAGUGCAAAGCAACUUCCCUCCACACCCGGGCAGGUCCUUCAUGGAAUCUCCUCAGCUGAUCAAAAGAGGAGCUGAGUGAAACCCGCCAGACUACUGCUUCUACGUCCGCUUAUGCUCUCACUCCCGAGACGAGCCAGCGUGGAGCUUCCAGCAGACAGCGCAGACGUCUCCGUCUCCUGCAGGGCUGAUCAGCUCGAGAUCAGUAUUUUAACACAAAUGAUCGGGAUCAGGGGUAACUUGAAAAUACGAUGCCCUCACAGCUCGGAACAUGGGCUCAGUGAGGGCAGCAUUCAUUGCUAGCACCUAAGGGUGAAGUUCAGUUAUCACGCUGGUGUUUCGUCUAGCGUAGCAGCUACAAAUUCAGCUAGCACUCUAUUGUUGCACACUAGCUGCGUUAGGCUAAUCGGUUCCGCACAGCAUUUCACUGAAAAACUUGGACUAACAUGUUUUUGCUGUUUUGUUCGUCAUUUACAAUUUUGUUGAAAUAUUUAUACUACGUUGAUGCACUGAUUUGGAUGCACUGUACAGCACUGAACAUUGUAGGUGUUGCAAAUAGGUUUCAGUAUCUCACUGAUAAACUUGGGUUUGAAUGCCUGCAGUUAGGUGUUAUCACAUAUCACGCCUUCACUACUUACAGCUGUGUGUGUGUGUGUGUGUUUAAAAACCAGUUUACCCUACACUUUCCAGUAACUACACUCUGUCUGCAAACCUGCGCUAAACGUUAAUGAGUACGGUUAGUUUGAAAAGCCAAUUUUACAGUCAUUGAUUUGUCACUCAAAAAACUCUAAUGCUAUUGCAAUUCAUUACCCAGUUAACUGCCCUGUUACUGUUUUGAACCUGCUGUUCAAACUCACAGUAAACAGUAUGCAGUUUGAUGCACAACCCUUCAAUUUAAAGGUGCCAACAGCGCCUCAGCUCAGCUCUGUUUGCACUUUAGCUAGAUUUUUGUGAAUUAAGUGAGAGAUAGCUAAUAAACUGUCCUGUUAGAAGGAACUAUGUAACAGGCUGGAGGCGACGGCACCUAGAUGUGCUGCAGAGCAUUGUUUUCUCAGCAAAGUUCUUUAUGUUCUUGUUGCAGGAAUCCUCACCUGCUGGUAUCAUGCUUAUACCUUGGCCAGCUACCAAAGAAUGUUUCUCAAAAACCUAAAAUAUUUUUUGUUGAUAUGUAAAUCUUUUAAGGCUUUUCUUUCUAUUUAUUUAUGCAUUUUCUCCCAUUUUUCUCCCGAUUUAGCGUAGUCAAUUUUUCUUCCACUGGUAGGGAGCCCUGAUUGCAUUUGAGGAGGGUAUUGCUGCUUAUGCCUCCUCUGACCCAUGCACAGUCCUUAGAGGACCCUUUUUUUCACCCAUGCAUUCUGCACAGGAGCCUGUAUCUGUUAAUCAGGGUCCUUGCACAGUGUUAGAAGGCCCCACCCACAUAGUCCGGUCAUUCCGCCCUAGCAGGCACGGUAGCCAAUUAGAGUCUGCUGCAGGCACUGUCAAUUAUGACUGCCGACUGGUGGCAACGCCGAGUUUUGAACUGAGGAGUUCUUGGCGCUGGUGUGCUAGUGGAAUAUCCCACUGCGCCACCUGGGCUCCCUUUUAAUGCUUUUUUAAUGCUGAGGUUACUGGGUGUUUCGCCAUUUUCAACAUCCGAUACUCUCACCCAGGUGACCCAGCCGGGGUUGAUCCUACCCCGACUUGUGUCCAAGUAGCCCUUGAUACAAUCAUUUAGAGGCAUUUUCAGCUGCCUCUGUAGCAAUGAUGGCUUUACUUUAUGCUGUGCAUCUGUUAUCAUAAUGUAUUUAUUAUUAUUAAAGUAGUUCCUUACCUUCACUGGCUUUUACAUGCUGGUCGAUUGGUUUACAUACUGUACACACCCUGUAGCCUAUAAAUAAUUAUUUCACUAAUUAAACAAUCAAUUUAAUGGUUAUUUACAAUAAUUGAUAUAAAAAUAUCUAAACAAAUAUAUAUUAUUUUUAUUAUUUUUAUAUUCCUUUAUUAGUAUGAAUAAAUAAUUAUAAUAUUUUAUAUGAUAUUUAGUUGUCAGCCUUCACCUUAUGCACAGCAUCUAUGCUCCAUACAGAGAACUGUAGACUAACAUACCCCCCGGCAACUGUAAUGCCAUCUGGCGUUUUUUUCAACAGCCUGUGGCUGAUUCCUAAAUAAAUCUGUAACACGCACAUGCCUGGCUAAGCGCUUAACAGACACAAUUGGCCGUAUCCAAGUGAGAUAAGGCUGAACAGGGAUGCUGCUGCACAAGUGGCAGAAAAAUAACAUAAGUAGCAUUCCCAGGUUCCCUGUACUGCCAAGGCUCCUUAUAAGAGUUUAAGAUGCAGCCGGCUGCUUUGCAUGCGUUUAGGAGGUGAGUACUAACAGCAGAGCAGUGAAUAUUCCUCAAAAUGUACAUUCAUGUGAUUAAAUGUAUCAUUUCACUGCAAAAGGAAGAUGUCUGACUCAUUCAGCACUGCAACCAAGUUCUUGAAUGUGUAUCAUAUCAAAAAUUGAAUCAGUGCUGUACCUCAUGUCAGCCUUGAAUGUGAAACACUGAUAUAUGUAGCUUUGCCCUCUAGUAGUCCUCAUUUCUGAGGGUUCAUUUGAGCUAAGUGUCCACUUAAUUUCACUCACUCAGGAGGUGAUUGAUGCACUUUGAUGACUGCAACCUGAUUUAUGUCAAUUUCUUGGUUUGUAUUUGUACAAACAUACUGACUGUAAGUAAUCAAUGACUGACUAAUGGGUUUUCAGAUCGAAACUGUAUAGCUAUUAAUAAAUGUGUUUUUUCUACUUCAAUAUAUGACACUAUUAAAAUGUUUGGAAUUAAACUUG